CUUCAGAAAACUCAGUUUUGCAUUAAUUCUUCUCAGCCCCAAGGAGCUUGAGAAAUCUCUCUCUUUCUGUCUCUCCCUUUUUCUCUUUCCUCCUCUAUCUCUCUCUCUGUCUAUCCAUCCAUCUCUCUUUCUCUAUCUAUCUUCUGGAGGCGGGGGAGGUGAAAAACAGGCCGUCUUUGCCUGCUUUUUGGCCUCCUGGGGCGUCUGUGUGCCCCGUUUUUCACCUCCCCUGCCUCCAGAACGUUUCUGCAGGCCAAAAUUGUUGGCCUUACCUUUCAGUUCCAGCACGCAGGGCUCGCGAAGGCAGACCAAAGUCCUCCAGCCGUUCAAACUUUUAUUUUCUCGGAAUAAUUUCCUGCCCGGUUUUCUGAGUUCGGUGGCAGCCGACCAAGGGAAUGAACCCUGGCCAAAUUCUGCAAGAUGCCCCCGUCCGAAAAAUUGCCAUUUUUGGCGGCACUCAUGGCAAUGAGCUGUCGGGGGUGUUUCUGGUUAAAUCUUGGCAAGAAGACGGAGCAGAGAUCGAAAGACCGGGGUUGAAGGUACGGCCUUUCCUGGCUAACCCACGAGCUGUGGAAAAAUGCUGCCGUUAUAUAGACUGUGACCUGAACCGAGUGUUCGAUUCCGAAAAUCUUGGCUCUUCGCAGCGUCCUGCAAUCAGCAAGGACCUCACGGACAACGUCCCCUAUGAAGUCAGAAGGGCCCAAGAAAUCAACAACUUCUUCGGUCCGAAGGGCCAACCUGGCGCUUACGAUCUGAUCUUCGACCUUCACAACACGACCGCUAACAUGGGUGGGACCCUCAUCCUGGAAAGCUCCAGCGAUUGCUUUGCCAUUCAGAUGUGCCAUUAUAUACAGGAUGCUGUGUCCCCAGACAGAUGUCUGGUCUUACUUCUCGAACAUCCCAACUUGAAAUACGCAACGACUCGAUCAGUAGCAAAACAUCCAAUUGGUGUUGAAGUGGGCCCUCAGCCUCAAGGUGUCCUGAGGGCUGACAUUUUGGAUAAAAUGAGGACGAUCGUCCGACACGGGCUGGAUUUCGUGGCAAAAUUCAAUGCAGGAGAAGAAUUCCCUCCAUGCACCGUUGAGGUUUAUAAAUUAUUGGAGAAAGUUGAUUAUCCCAGGAACCAAAAAAAUGAGAUUAUGGCUGUCAUUCACCCUCAUUUACAGGAUCGAGACUGGCAGCCGCUAAAUCCGGGAGAUCCCAUGUUUUUGACUCUGGAAGGAAAGACCGUCGCGUACGACGGAGAAGUGACGGUAUUCCCCACCUUUGUGAACGAGGCUGCCUACUACGAGAAGCAACAAGCCUUUGUAACGACGGCGAAAGAAAAAUUGAGCGCAAAAGGGCUCCGAGUUUCUUAAACCCGGAUUGUUUUUUUUAAACUUCCUCUAAAGUGCCUGCAAAUAUUUCUCGCCCAAAGUGGCCUAAAGACAUCGUAGAUCCUAGACCGAAAAUUCAAUUUAUCAUUGUAAGAAAGCACUUACUCAGAAAACGACGACGAUUAUAAACCAUUUUUUAUGCACUUUA